GCCAGGAUGUUUCCCCUUGUUCCAGAGUAGGGUGGUGGUCAAGAUCUAAUCUGGCUAAAUGAAAGAGGAGAUUGACUCAGGUGGAGCUGACAAUAGGGCUGCAAAGGUGAGGUCUUCUCGCUUCCACCUUAAAGGGGAGUUCUGCAAGUGUGUCCCAUCUUCUCUUGCUCCAGGCAAGUGGCUGAAUGUUACUGGCAUUGUUCUCGGCCUCGUGUCCCGCAGAAGGACUGAGGCUUGCUUUUUGAACAAGAAGCCUGGUGAGAUAGUUGAUAUUGAACUUUCAGACGCAGGCCUCAUCCACAAGAUUUGUUUCAGUAGAGACAAAGUCCGAUUUUCAGAACAUUGCGAAGGGGGAUGCAAAAUCAACCUUUGGGGCUGGUGGCAAAUUUGUGGCUGCCGGCUGCUGGAGGCUGUGCGGCAUUGCUGUUGAACAACAACCAUCCCUUUGGUGUUGGUAGAAUGUGUUGUUGACUUUACAACAGUCAAUACAUUGAUAAAACAUCUAAAAUGUAUUUAUUCCAGUGCACACAAAACAAGCUGCCUGCCUUUUUCAAUUUAAGAGAAUUUACUUUAGAAAUGGAGACCUGGGGGGGGUGCUCUUAUACUUAUAUAUGUAUGAUUGGCCAGCCACAUUGGAUAAUCCUCUUUUCAGCAGUUUACCAUCUUGCUGGAUUUCUGUACUGCCAUUAAAACCCCAAAGAAAGCAUUAGGAGAGUAUUGCUUUUACUUUAUGAUGUGUGGAUGUUUCAGAAUGAAGAAAGGAUGUGCAGAUAUACAAAGAAUAAGCCAGCUGUAAUCCAUGCCGCCACCUUCAACUAUAAAGUUUGCUCAAAUUUGCAAAAGAAUGUAAAAGUUUAUGAGCUCCCAAGAACAGAGUAAAAAAACAAAAAGCCUUUUUCCAAAGAAGGGAAACUUUUGAGAAAUUGCAAGGCAGGUUUAACCUUAUUAAAUAGUACAGCAAAGUCAGUUGCAUUCCCUAGAACAUACUUAUAAAUGGAUAGUCAUAUAUAGUAUGUGUCUGUACAUAGUCUGACUGAAGAGAGAGUAACUAAUUGGAUAAAUAGUGGAUAAGUCAGUUUGGUGAUGGUCUAGAAACGAGGAGCCCAUGAAUUCUAGUCCUGCAUGAAAGCCAGCUGGUUGAAUUUGAACCAGGCAGUCUCUUCUUUCCCUUUUGUUUAGUUACAUACAUGUAAAUGUAUGUAUGAAGAUGUAGGGUGAUUCAAUGCACCCUCACGUGGUGAUUAUAGGAAAAAUAGGAGGGAGGAGUAUUGUGUAUGUUCACCGCCUUGAUCUAUUUAUAAAAGUAAUAAAGGCAGGAUAAAACAAAUAAAUCUGCCAGUUAAGAGAGCCUCUGGAUUUCAAGACCAAAUCCAACUGCAUUUUUUUCGUCUUCCCACUAUAAGGUCAGGUUCUUAUGAUAUUUUAAUGAAUAGACAUUGUAAAAUAGAAGGUAAUUCUAUGGGAAAUAACUUUUGGUAGCACUCAGUAUUGUUUUCCUCCCUUAGCCUAUCCUUUGAAAACAGCUCCAUCUUUAUACCCAGGGUGCUUUUAAAGGAUCACAAUGUCCAGCUUCCUGGCCUGUGUAGUUUUGCUUGUCAGAAUCAUCAGUGCUAAGCCCACAGAGAAGGCAACUCCUACCAUACCAGAAGAUGUCAAAGCCCCAUUCCAGCAGGUUCAGCACAGUGUCUGGGAGGAAAACAUAAAUCUUACUAGCUUGCCUUGUGGGGAGCUGAAGAACCAGACAUCAAUCAUCUUGCAUAUGCAGAAUCAAAAUCUCACUUCCUUCCCUGAAUGUCUGCCAGAGCUUCUGGAACAUCUGGAUAUGAGUCUCAAUCUUUUGCCAGAACUAAAUGGCCAAGAUGUGGCUUAUUUGCCCAAACUGCGAAUCCUCUCCUUGAGAGAAAAUCAGAUCCACAGGGUGAUAUGGGGGACUGGAAACCUCAGUAGUCUUCAGUUUGUGGAUCUGAGCUUCAAUUUGCUCUCAAUUGUACCUGCCUGCGUUACUUCUUUGGACAAUCUGAGGUGGUUGUCUCUAGCGGGAAACCCUAUCAGAGAGAUCCAGCCGUUCGCUUUCUCCUGCUAUCCUCAGCUGCAUUUCCUGAAUUUGUCGUCCACGUGGCUGGGAAAAGAUGGGAAAAUGGGAAUUCUGGAAUCUGCUUUUGCAAUGAACUUGUCCCGCCACCCAGAGUCCACUGAAGAAGCCAGAAAAGCUCCGAUCGGUGUCCUGGACCUCAGCGCAACCUUCCUGGAGAGGAUUCACGAGGACUGGAUCAAAGAUCUGCCUCAGCUCACCUCCUUCUAUCUAACACAAAUGCCUAAACUAAGAAGACUGGAUCCAGCUGUUUUCCGCGAUGUGCCCAUGCUAAGAGAAUUGAACUGCCAAGAUUCCCAUGCACUGAGUCUAGUGGAAACCGAGUCAUUCCAUCACAUACCUCGUGUGGCCUUCCUAAUAUUUAAAAACUGUAACUUGAACACCUUCAGCCCAUGGAAUCUUACUUCAUCGCACACCCUUUCUGUCAACCUCUAUGGAAAUCCUUUGGUUUGUCAUUGUGCAAUUUCUUGGUUGUUCUCAAACCCUGACACAGUAGUUCUGCAGAGGGCAUCAGAAACCAUGUGCUAUUUUUCUCCAGAAGAUAAAGAAACAUCUUCAUCUAUGCUGUUAUCCAAGCUUUAUGAUAAGUGUCAAGCUCAGACAACCACACAUUCAGCCUCAUCUUUGGUUCAAGGUAAACUUUACCACACCCUUACCAGCAUCGCUACAGAAAUAUUAGCCAACUCCAGUACUUUGCCUCAAAAGUCUCUCAGCGAUUCCUUCACCCCUCAAAGCACAUCUUUUACCUGGAGAGAUUUAACGUGGAAGGAUCCAAGUAAGGCAGACAUUCUUGCUUAUAAAGAGCAUGCAGGUCAUAGAUCUACUAAUCAACCAUUGACUGUUGUACCUCUGACAACAGAGUUCUCAACAAUCAUGGGAAAACUCUCUGCUGAGCAACCUGUAGUGAGCACAACUGAAAUGAAUAAAAGGGAACAAGAUAUCAUAACACUGCACCAGUCUACUUUGUACAGUUUUACCACUGAAGUGACAGGAACAUCUUCCUCCGAAGUUUCCAGUGAUUUGUUCAUUUCAUACAGAAGCACAGAUUCAAAUGAGAAUGAUCUAUCCCUUCAGGAUCCCACCAAAUCUACCGCCUUCUCAAACCUUGCAUCUACUAAUAGUCUACCAGAUUAUACAGAUGACUAUGACUAUGAAAACCAGCAAGUGGCAUCUGUAGCCCAGACCAUGGAUUUGUGUGAUUAUGAUCCAUGCAGGCAUCUCCAGAAGCCUUGUGUUGACCUCCAAAAGUUGUCUUCCUGCCUGUGCCCAGGCAUGUCGGAUGAAUUCACCAUCCCAGAUCCUCCAAGAUUUCAUGAAGUAUCUGAAAUGAGGGACACUUCAGCCCAGAUCCAUUGGUGUUCCCCAAAUUCUGCAGUAAGAUUCUAUCAGCUUGCCUACCGUCCUAAAGGCAGCAAAAAGAAUUACACAAAUUCUGGAGAGAUUUAUGCCACUGCUAGGCGAUACACUCUUUAUAACCUUCUGCCUGGUUCCACCUACCAAGUAUGCAUAAUUGCUUGGAACAAGGCAGGAUCAAGCCACACUGCAGCCUGGAAUGAGCAUAACGCUCCAUGUAGCACCUUUGUAACAAAGUCCAGCUACACAUCUAUCUUUGCGGCUCUGUGUGCAACAAGUGGGAUCUUUCUCAUAGCUACCAUAUUACUGUCAGUAUGCCUGUGCAAAAAAUAUAAGACACCGCACAUAGAGCAAUAUAACACACAUCUAGUAUCUUAUAAAAAUCCUGCUUUUGAUUAUUCCAUAAAAUAAAUCCAGGCAAUGAGACUGGCAAAUAUAGGCCAUCGUUGUAAACUGUUUACCCACUGUGAUGAUUUUUCCCCCCAAUUGUUUUGCUUUAGUAUUGCUUUCUCAUUGUGAAAUUUCCUCUCCCAAUUGAAGUGAUCAGAAAUUAUUUUUCAAUAUUUAAAACAAUGGAAAAAUAUCGAACAACUACCACAAAUCCUCAAAAUUUAGACUAUUUUUAGGAGGAAGGACUUAAAUUCAGCAUUUAAUCCAAUUAGCAGAAACUUCAGACUUGUCAGUAGGAAUGAGAAACUGAUUUUUCCCUGUCUUCUUGAAGCCGCUACUGUGCCUGUCCUUUGGGAGAUUUCCUCAGCUCUCCAGAGUGGACAUGAUGGAAGACUAUUAAACGAUCGUGGCCCAGAUCCAUUGGAUAUGAACAUUUUCUUUAAGAUUGAUUUUUCAGGAUAGCUUAAUAUGAGUACCAGACAGUUACAAUGUUGGAGUGAGAAAGCUCAUCCAAGGACAUAAAAAUACCACUUACGCUACGUAUUUCAUGGAAACCAAGAACUUUCAUCCCUUCCCAUCUUUCCCUAUUAGUGUCAGGCUGGAUUUUAUACUCAUAACAACCUAUUUCUGCUGUGGAAAGUGCCUCCGAGCCACAUUUGCAUAAAUCCAACUAUAUUUCCUUGACUCCACAGAGGAUGUUUUUGAGCAGUGACACCUAAGCAUGCUGCCAAGGGAGGAUGGGAUAUCAUUAUGAAAAUAUUUGGCAUCACAGCUUGAGGACAAACUGAGGACAAAAUGUUGAGAGAUUUUAACAGCUGAAAGAAGUUGUUUCUUUCACUUGGAAGUGUUACUGUUUCCAUGCUCUGCCUAUUUACUGUAAGUAGAUAGUAGAUCUUACUUUUCCUGAUCAGAUCUGAUCUGUUGUCAAUAGUGUAUUCUGUCUGCUGGGAUCAGGAUCCAAAAUGCAAAUUUAGGUCCAUCCGAAGACCUGAGGAUGCUGAAUGUCACACGUUAUAGGUGAAACCAGAAAAGAAACCCACGGAGAAUGAUUAAUCAGAUAGGUAUACAGGUAGUCCUCAACUCACAAACAUUUGUUUAGUGACCAUUGGAAGGUACAACAGCACCGAAAAAAGUGACAUGAAUGUUUUCUACACAACCAUUGCAGUAUCCCUAUGUUGGGUAGG